AUGUCCAUGAAUAACAUACACGAAUAUAAACUAGUUGUAGUUGGUGGUGGGGGUGUAGGUAAAAGUGCAUUAACAAUCCAAUUGACACAAUCUCACUUUGUAGAUGAAUACGACCCAACAAUAGAAGAUUCUUAUCGUAAACAAGUAGUCAUCGAUAAUAAAGUUUGUAUUUUAGAUAUAUUGGACACUGCCGGCCAAGAAGAAUAUUCCGCAAUGAGAGAGCAAUAUAUGAGGACAGGAGAAGGGUUUUUAUUAGUUUAUAGCGUUACUUCAACAACUUCUUAUGAAGAAUUGAUUACUUACUAUCAACAAAUUUUAAGGGUUAAAGACACCGAUUAUGUCCCUAUUUUCCUAGUUGGUAACAAGAGCGACUUGGAAGAGGAAAGACAGUUGACUUUUGAAAGUGGUGCUAAUUUGGCUAAACAAUUUCAUGCACCAUUCUUAGAAACCAGCGCUAAACAAGCUAUCAAUGUAGAAGAAGCAUUUUACGGAUUGGCCAGAUUGGUUAGAGAUAAUGGUGGUAAUUAUAAUCCUUUAAAUACGAUCAAGGAUACUGCAAUUGUUACUACGGCUACUAAUUCCUAUUCUCCUAGUGUUGAUAAUGAUACUAACGUUGUAAAUGAUAAUGGUGGUAUUAAUAAUAAUAAUACUAAUAGUAAUAGUAAUAACAAUAACAAUAACAAUAAUAAUAAUAAUAAUAAUGUUAAUGAUAACAACAAUAAUACUGGUAGUUUUAAUGAUAAUAACGGCAAUAAUAAUGGUAUAUACAACAAUAAUUAUGGUUCCGCUAAUAGUGGUGCAACGGAGAGUAAAGAUUUAGGAAAAAGCAAUAAUAAUAUUAAUAAUAAUAUGGAUGUUAUAGAAGAGGAAUACACAAAUGAUAACGCUAACAAUGUAAACAAAGGUGGUAAUACUAACGGUAAUAGCAAUAUCAACAAUAGUACGGCACAGGCUAAAGUGGUUUCUAGUGCAAAUAAAAAAAGUAAUGUAAAAGAUAAUAGACCAAAAGGUAAUGUAACAAAGACACAGGGGAAUGGUAAUAAGGGUUCUUCCGCUAAUUCACAGCCUAAAAAUACUUCCUCUGAUACUAAUAAUAAAACCUCUGCUAAGAAAGAAAGUGGUGGCUGUUGUAUCAUUAUGUAA